UCUGCGUUUGCUAAGAAGCCCAUUUUAAUGAAUAUUUAUAAUGAGGGUGGAUAAAUACCUCGAUACCUCGUGGCCAAUUCCCCCUGAACUGCAGGAGCAGUAGAGAUCCGCUGUGAGUCCGAGCUGAUCAAGAAUUCCGGCUCUCUGCUACCUCCAGCUGUGCCAGGGAGUUCACUCUGACCAAUUUCGUGGCCACCGUUGACUCUCCUCUCCAUGGCCCCCCUGGCUCAGACCCUGGCACUGCUGGCAAUGGCCGUGGCCACCGCGGCCAUCAAAGUGGUGCCCCUGGACAUGGCCCAGAAGUCCUUUGAUGACCAGUACCUGACGUGUGCCGAUGACAUGGUCAAGAAGUUGCCAGAACUCAACAGCACCGAGUUCCUCCACAAUGUCGAGUUUGCCCAGGUGUGGCCUAAGGCCAGAACCACCUGGCAGGCACGGGGGAGCCCCAUGACCCCUCUGAACCAGGACGAGGCCAUUGCCGUCAUGAUCUACACCAUGUCGGACGUGUACAGGCAGUUCAACGCGGCCGUGCGCGAGGCCGGGAGCUCCCACCAGCAAUACAGGAACAACUUCCACUUCAAAACGCUGCAUUUCCUGCUCACCCGGGCCCUGCAGAAACUGAAAGACCCCAACAAGUGCCAGGAUGUGUUCAGGGGGGUGAGGGGGCUCCAGUUCAAGGUGAAGCAAGGUGACAAAAUUCGUUUCGGUCAGUUUGCGUCGACUUCACAGAGCCAUGAGGUCACGGUGCGGUAUGGCAAUGACACGAUGUUCCGUGUGCACACGUGCCAUGGCGCCGACAUCCAGAAAUUCUCCAAUGAUACCAGCGAGAGGGAGGUGCUGAUCCCGCCCUUUGAGACCUUCGAGGUCACCAAUGUCACUCAGGAAGGGAGCACGAUGAAUAUCGAGCUGCGCUCCACCGGGAUCUUCAGCAACUACAACUGCGAGUGGCUGAGAGGUGGGUCCCUCCCCAGGACCUCCCCCAACCUCUGGGGGCUUCUCCUGGCCACUGUGGCCAUGGCAGUGGUCACUGGAAGCCCCUGA